AUGUUGCGGGCCAACAGGCUCGACCAGGGGCUGCUGGGCACCGUGCACUGGCCGCUGCCACAGCGCUCGGGGUCGGCCGAGCUGGUGGCGGUGUGCGUGGCCAUGCAUGCGUCGCUUGGCCACGUCCGCACCGUCACCGACUGCGCGAUGGUGCUGCACGACGUGGAUGCUGGCCGCGGGUGGUGCUUGGCCUGGCACCGUCCCUUCCGCGAGGUGUGGCAGCGGUUCUGGCACCUCGCCGACGAGCUGGGGGACGUGAGGCAGGACCGCAUCGCAGAGUGGCAGAGGCUGGGCAACCACAUGGCGGACAAGAAGGCCAGACGCCUGGCGGGCAAGAUUGCAGCGUGGAUCGGCCGCGCGGCGCAGCUGGGCGAGGCGGCGCUGCUGGCGGCUGACGGAGCCGG